AUUUGCGCUACAAGUUUUCGAAGUUUUUAAAGAAUUUUAUUAAUAUUUACUGCAAAAAGUUGCAGUGUAACAAAAGUAAUAGUUUAUUGCGUAUAUUAGGUAUAUUAGUCGAUAAAUAUUGAUAAACCCAAACACAUGUUGUUAUACGUUGAAUAUUCAACAUGUAUCCCCAAGUCUUGAAAAUUACAAAAUUUUUUCGAAUUUUUUACAAAAUUUAUUGACUUUUCAUAAAAGAGGGUUCUAUUUAAAUAUACGGGGGUAUUUAAAUCAAAAAUUUAUAAAAAAAAGUUUCGCUACUUGUUUACUUUGCUCUUUAUUUGUUAAACAAAAAAAUUUUUUUGAGGUUAGGUUGCCCUCCCGGGAAAAUUUGCCUUAGAAAUAAAAAACAACUUGAAACUUAAGUACUUUAAUUUCGUGACUACAAGAAUAAAAGUAAUUUUGAUAUAAAAAUUAACAUAUAACUGCUUAAAAUAACAAUUUUUAUUCAUAUAAUUAAACAAUAAUUAAUUUUUUCGUUUUUCUAUUUUUAAAUUCAACGUCGGUUUGCUGCGUAUUUUUUUUGUUUUGGCAACACUGCUUUGUAAGCUCCAUGAAGUUAAAAGAGGGUCAUCAGCAGAAAACGAAUGUGGCUUUUUGGAUAGAGAUCGGCACAACCCUUUUGACAGUGAUAAUUUUUUUUGAUUAAAAAAAGUGUGGUGACAGUGUUAAUUUACGAAAUAUUCAUCGAUUCUGUGAAAGGCUAUUAAGCAUCGAGUGUGUCAUUAAAGUGCCGGCUUGUUUUCACUUGUAAAUUCUUUGGAGCUUUGAACAUGGGAAAUAUCUACACUUGCGGACCAAAUGAAGCGCUUGUAGUAUCAGGAGGAUGUUGCGGUUCAACGAAGAAGCGAACAAUUGUCGGCGGCUACGCCUUCACCUGGUGGUUCGUCACGGACGUUCAGCGCUUAUCAUUGGAAGUGAUGACACUGAAUCCAAUUUGCGAGAGUGUCGAGACCGCACAGGGUGUUCCACUGACAGUUUCGGGAGUAGCUCAAUGCAAGAUAAUGAAGGCCGAUGAGCUGCUUCACACGGCCAGCGAGCAAUUCCUCGGGAAGUCCGUCCACGAGAUAAAAUCCACGAUUUUGUCCACCCUCGAGGGUCAUCUCCGAGCGAUUCUUGGCACUCUCUCGGUCGAGGAAGUUUACAAGGAUCGAGAUCAAUUUGCGGCUCUUGUCCGCGAAGUAGCAGCUCCAGAUGUUGGUCGCAUGGGCAUCGAGAUACUUUCAUUUACCAUUAAAGAUGUUUUCGACGACGUUCAAUAUCUUGCCUCCCUCGGAAAGGCUCGAACUGCUGAAGUGAAAAGAGAUGCUGACGUCGGUGUCGCCGAAGCUAAUCGAGAUGCUGGCAUUCGGGAAGCUGAAUGCGAGAAAGCGGCAAUGGAUAUUAAAUACAAUACCGACACGAAGAUUGAAGACAAUGCGAGACUUUAUCAAUUGCAGAAGGCGAAUUUCGAUCAAGAAGUUAACACUGCCAAAGCUGAAGCACAAUUGGCCUACGAACUUCAAGCAGCAAAAAUAAAGCAGAGAAUACGAAACGAAGAAAUUCAAAUUGAUAUUGUCGAGAGACGAAAGCAAAUUGAAGUUGAGACACAAGAGGUCCUCAGAAAGGGACACGAACUCGAGAGCACUGUUCGUUUGCCUGCCGAAUCUGAACAUUACAAAAUGGGCAAAAUCGCUGAAGGAAAGAGGUCACAAACAGUGGAUGCGGCAAAGGCAGAAGCAGAAAGAAUUCGAAUGAUUGGCGAUGCGGAAGCACACGCAAUGCAAGUGGUUGGCAUAUCGGAAGCUGAAAGAAUGCGCAUGAGAGCUGCUGUUUAUAAGAAAUAUGGAGAUGCUGCUAUUCUCAAUUUGGUGCUAAACGCAAUGCCUAAGAUUGCUGCGGAAGUUUCUGCUCCUCUUGCCAGGACGGACGAAAUUGUACUUUUGGGCGGAAAUGGUGCAUACACUGAGGAACUCACCCGACUCGUUGGCCAAGUGCCCCCCGCAGUGCAAGCACUCACCGGAGUUGAUGUAUCAAAAGUAUUUGGAAAAAUCCCUGGAGCAAAGGCAAAGUAAUUUUUUCCACUGCACACAUUGAAAACACUCUUGACUUCUUCGUUCAAAUUUUAAACUUUCGACAAAACGUAUUUGAUCAAAAAAAAAAAAAAAUCUGUACCAAAAGAUUCAUCACAAUCAACGCAAA